GAUGUAAAUUACAACAAAUUGAUGCAUUCACUAUAAUUGACAAGAUGAACUUGUUACGUAUUGUCCGAAGACGUGAAAACUAUCGACUGGUUGUUAACAAGUUGAAAUUAAUCGCAAGUCUUCAAGCUACACAGCCUACUAUUCAAACUCUACUGAGAAAUAAUGAUUUUUGUGCUGCUUUGGAUUUAGUUAGCACUACAAAAGAAUUAUUACAUUCACAUUUGAUGAUGGACUCAUCUCCGAAUGAUUUAUCAUCAAACAAAAUAAUGGACCAGCCUGGGAAUAGAAAUCCAGCACAAGAUAAUCUAACAUCUAGGUUAAAGAAGAAUUCAACUACAUUUCUUUGUUUACGUGAUUUUAAUGCUCAACUCAAUGGUAUCUCUAACUUCGUGCAUAAAAUGGUUGAGUCAGAAUUCGAGAUUUCAUUAUGUCGAUUUUUGGAUCCACCUAUUGAAGAAUAUGGCGGAUUUAAUAAUCCCGACAUUUUAUCUUGUUUUCUUGGUUUAAUACGAAUUGAUCGGUUGGAUUUUGUGAGCGGUUUUCAUGCAGAAAUGCUUAAGCGAGUGAAAGAGAUAUUCUAUCAACACAUCACUUCAGUAACACAACCUCCUGGAAGUAAUAGUGUUACAGAUUCUUCUACAACACCAGGAUCUAAUACAAUGACACUGUCUACUUCUGAUCAACUACGUAAUAUGCCUGGUGAAAAUUGGAUGACAUUUUUAUCUAACUUAUGCAAUGAUAUAAAAUAUUUGCUUAUUCGUGGUCAGGAUGUUGUAGAUAUAUUCGAAAAUAAUCUCUGUUCUAAUCAUCAAUCAAAUGAAACUGUUGAAAAUGGUGUUGUUAUUUCAUCGACUCAUCAAUCGUUGAAUAUAAUUAGUGUUGAAAAAGCAAAAGAACUUGCUAAAUCUAUGCAUAAAACUCUAUGGGACACGGCUAAUAUAUCUCAAAGACGUUUAUGUUCCAUAAUUUCAUCUCGAUUUCGUCUUGGUGCUAUUCAAUCAGUGGAAUCAAAGUUGUCCACAUCGACCAUCAUGACGACAGCGACAACAACAACAACACCUGCCUUGUCAUCAACUGUCGAUUUAUCGUUGAAUUCACCGAAUCUACAGCAAAAACGUUUAUCUGUGACAGCAACAAUGGAUAUUGGAUGUACAACAGCGUUUAGUGAAUAUGUGUUUGAUAAAUUUACCUGGAGUAAUUUUAAAGAACUAGUCAAAAUAAUAAAUAUUUUUCAGAUAUAUGUUCUUCGAGCACGGUUGAAAUUUUCCGAUAUUCCAAUGGAAUCGCUAAUUUGUCAUUCCAUGAAUAAUUCAGAAAACUCUGUACAGUCAAAUGCACGUCCUUUCAAUAAAUCAAAAUCUUGUGUUCAAAAGUCAAUAAUUCCUUUAAAUCGCAAAAAUUUAAAUGAUAUUACUACCUCUUCUUUGAUGAAUAAUUCCAAUGCUGAUAAUUGUAUAUCUAAUGACCAGUACAUAUCAACUAUUCAAUCAGAUCUACUAUUACGUAAUCUUGUACUUGAUAUGAUAAAACUUAUCAUUGAUCGAUUUCAUCGUGAAAAAUUUGAUCAAUUAAAUAUGUUUCUGGAUCAAGAAAGAUGGCAAGCAGCUACUUGUCCGGAACAAGUUCAGCAAAUGAUUAAUGAUAUUACCAUGGAAAUAGAACAAUCUAAAUUAAAGACUUCACAAUUGACCAAUGAACAUUCUCCUUCUAAAACAAAUCAUCAUCAUAAUAAUAAUUAUAAGUUAAUUCCGUCAACAGACAGUGUAGUUUAUUCGCCAAAUCAUAUUUUACUAAAUAAUGAACAAUAUACGGUAGUUCGUACAGUUAUAUUAUUGUUGCCAAUGAUGAAUGAUUAUGUGGAAUUUAAUGAGAAAUUACCUGGUCAACCAUUAAUUACGGAAUUUAUUUUAGAUCGUCUAGCUGAUCUACUUAAUCAUUUUAAUUCCCGUGUUUGUCAACUUGUUCUGGGUGCUGAGGCAUGUAAACGAGUUGAUCUACAACGUAUAUCAGCUAAAAAUCUUGCCUUGACCAUGCGUAGUCUACAAUUGGUUGUGCAUUUUUUACCAUGUAUACAAUUCUUGUUAGAAAGAAUAUCUAAAAUGGAAUCUGACAAAGUAUCAUCAUCAACUAAUGUGGAUAAUGUUCUUAUUGCUUUAUUAUAUCAUUCAAAUUAUAGUCAAUUUAUCAAUCGUAUAACAUUAAAUAGUUUAAAUCAUAUUGAAAAAUUAUUUAAUGAACAUAUUGAUAAUAUUUUACGAAAACUUGUUCAAUUACUAUCUAAUCCAAUCGGUUCAAUGUUUUCUAAUUGGUAUGGUCGUCCUCCGAUACCUAGUAAACAAAUGGAUGAAAUAUGUCGUAAUUUAUCAAAAUUAAUUGAAAUGACUAAACAUGUUUUACCUGCGGAAAUAUUGACGUCUAUCCUAUUACGUGUGCAUAAUGAAUUAAAAGUACAAUUACGUCAUCGUAUCAGUGAACUUGGUAUUAUUGCUGAUGGUGGACCUCAACAAAGCUUGAUCGAUUCAGAAAUUCUCUACUACAUUGAUCAUUUUCAAACACUCACACCACAACUACAAAAAUUUGUUGAUGAUUGUUCGGAUAUUUGGCCGUCAUAAAUAAUAAUCAUCAUAUUGACUUGUCAUCCAUUUUUUUAAAAAAAAAUUGUGCCAUGAAGAAGAAUGUGGAAUCAAUCAUAAAAGAGAAACUACAAACAAAUAAAUACAGUAGGCCUUGCUGUGUACCUGUUCUGUAUUACUAGCUAGACUGAUUAAUUCACCUUGUGUCUUUCACUAUUUAUAAUUAAAUAAAUAAAUAUAUAUAUAUAUAUAAUUUUUAUAAUUUUGUGAGUCUUUCAUCGCUGUACACAACAUAUUCAUUCAUGCAUAGACUGAUUUCUCUGGUUGUAUUGUACCAUCAUCAUUCCAAUAGGUGUAUUUGUGUAUAGGUCAACUGUAUGUGUGUGUGUGUGUGGGUGUGUGCGUAGAGACCUUGCUCACUCACUCAUUCAAACACUCACUUGUGUAUACAUUUUCUUCUGUAUUCUUCUCUUGAUUUUCAAUUCUGCUGUCACAUUAUAUGAGUUUAAUCAUUUUUGUUGUUGUUGUUGUUGUCGUCGUCGUCGUUUUGUUAAUGCUUACUUACUUGAUUCUUUUAUGCCUUGUUUUUUUCUUUUUAGUUCUCUCUGUCUUGUUGCUCUAAUAAUAUUGUUUGUUGUUUCAUUUCCUUUCGUCUUUAUGCUUAUUUUUUCUUUCAUUCUAAUCAAUACAUUUUCUACAUUAGAAUAAUAAUUGUAACAGUAAUCUUCUGUUUAAAACCUUUUUCAUUAUUAUUAUUAUCAUUAAAAUGGGCUUCUACAGUAAUUCAUUGCUUGUUUACUUACUAUAUCGGUUCUAUUGAGAAAAAACUGUUAAAUUGUCAGUUUGUAGAGAAACGAUGUAAAUGUUGAAGUUUCCUUUAGAUAUUAGUGAUAUGCUUGAAACUAUUACGAGUUCACCGUACUCCGUAAACUGAGCGAAGACAAAUGACGCAGUGACACGAUAGGCUAUUCUAA